CUCUAUCCUAAGUAACAACACACCAUCCACCAUGUCUCGAGUCGCUCAGCCCGAGCUGAAAAAAUUUAUGGACCGUCGCCUGUUCCUUCACCUCCAAGGCGGUCGUAACGUUUCUGGUGUACUCCGAGGAUUCGACAUGUUCCUCAACUUGGUCGUCGACAAUGCGUACGAGGAGCUCGGAGCGGGAAUCAGGAAACCAUGUGGGAUGGUCGUGAUCCGAGGCAAUUCCGUGUCGUCCAUGGAGCUAUUAGAUUCAAUGAGGGUUUGACGAGAUUUUCUUUGUAUGAAUAUCAUCAUCAGACAAA